GCCGUUGGCCCCAAAGCCGAAAACCUCCGGCGAGCCGGGCUAUGUGGAGCCGAUGUUCAAAUCGUUUGCAUCUUGUACAGACGGGCCUCUUUCUGAGGUUUGAGGGGGAAGAAGUCGAGUCCCAGUAUCUGCGGGACAUCUCAACUCGUGGGCCGUGGGGCUGCCUCCUGGGAUGCUUCGUCUUCUUCUGGCCUUGGACAGCUUGGGAGCUGGGCGCAUUGAUGCACGAAUGUGGAGGGGAGCAUCUCUCCUGGACGAGAAUCGCGCACUACAGCGCUGCUUUCUCGCUUACCGCUGCGGCCAGCUUGCUGACUUUCAUUACGUGGCUGAGCUGCCUGGGUCGAGCACGGUGGCUCGCCGAGUUUCUGUACCUCGAGCUGCUCUGGGUGCUGCUUGGCGCCGGGGGCUUCACGGUGUUGGCGAGCACGCAACACCAGGAGCUUGCCGUAGGAACCCCUCCGGAACACGAGUUUUGGGUCGCCGCACUGGCGGUAGUUGUACUUUGCUGCUGGCCUGUGCGGUGUCAGAUCUCUUG